AUGACAGCUUCCACAGGUGAUGCUUCGGCAGUUCAGCUAGACCACCUUGAUGAUCACGAUAUAGCGGGAGCACAGCUUCCUUCUGACAUAAACGCCUUCGCAGAGUCUACUUUGAGUCCGGCGGUCCCGUUAAUCGGUGCUGAGGGUAGAGGCUCAAUUGAGCAACACGCAGCUUCGGUUAAUCCCUGGGAAUCGUCGCCGACAAUACGGGAUAACUCAAGUUUUAGCUUUGAUCCAAUGCUUCUUUGGCCUCUGGCAGAGUAUGAACCAGAUUAUACUGGCAUGGCUGCCUUUCCGAUGCAACCAUCGGCUGUCAAUUUGUCCAUUGACGGACAGCAAGAACCAAAUCCAGAAUUACUCGACGCUCCAGACAUUCUUUCGGAGGGGACUCAGUUUCAGAGCUCGCACAAAAAUUUCCGUCAAAAUUAUUCAGAGCCGAAGAACAAACCCCCACCAGAGAUUUCAGACGCUGACCUUGACAUACUCGCAUCCGAGGACUUUUGCCAAGUUCCCUCCAUAUCUUUGUCGAUUUACGAACAAUUAUGCGAGAUGUGUCACCAGGGAUCACGAUACUCCAGCCCUCGACUGCGUCCGCUUCUUCCAAGUUUGGACGUACUUAAUGUAUUCCUUCAAUUGUAUUUCGAAAAGUUCCACAAAUCCUUCCCCGUUCUCCACCAACCUACGUUUGAACCAAAAAGGGGCUCCUUGCUAUUAUGUAUCGCCGUCGCUGCGAUUGGCGGGCAAUACUCACGUCAUUCUGCGAGAACGACGCAUAUCACUGGCUUGAUUCGAAUUCUGCGACAUACAUUACUGUCCAAGGUACGCCUUGUUGUCAAGUCUAUCCUCAAGUUCGACUCGCAACUAACCUAA